AGCUGGCUACUGGCCAAUCUGUAGGAGCCCAGUCCUGUCUGAGUGAGCUUCCUCGAGAGGAAGGGAGGGAGGAAAUAGUUAAUGUCUCAGGGCAGCUGCAAUCAGCUAGGCGUGGCUCUUUGGUCUGACUUGGGCUACACAGCUCCCGAGCCAAGGGGCAGAGGAAGGACGCCUUAGUCCGCAGAGCCUCCAGAUGGCCGAAUUGGAUCUGAUUGCCCCAGGGCCACUGCCUGGGAUCACCGUUCACCCUUUGGCCCCUCUUGGCCCAGACCCUGGGUCAGCUAUCCCAGUACAAGAAGAGGACACGGACUCUCUGGGGAAGCCAGGAGAGGAAACCCAGGAGCAGGGCUGUGGUCCCGCACAGGUCAGGGCUCCUGGUGAUGAGGGGGAGGGGGAGAUCCUGUGUGACUUCUGUCUUGGGGCCAGCAGAGUAAAGGCAGUGAAGUCUUGUCUGACUUGCAUGGUGAAUUACUGUGAGGAGCACCUGCGGCCACACCAGGAGAACAGCAAACUGCACAGCCACCAGCUGACGGAACCGGCAAAGGACCAGGAUCUGCGGACCUGCCCUCUUCACCACAGCCCUCUGGUUGCCUUCUGCCACACACACCAGCAGUGCGUCUGCCAGGAAUGUGGUGAGGGUGAGCACAGGGACCACAACACUGUUUCCCUAGAUACAGCCCGCAGGAACAAAGAGGCUGACCUUCGGUGCACACAGCUGGAACUGGAGCAGAAGCUCAAGUUGAAUGAAAACGCCAUUGCCAGACUCCAAGCCAACCAUAAGUCUGUCUUGAUGUCGGUGUCAGAGGUAAAGGUGGUCACUGAAGAGAAGUUUGGGGAACUCCUUGCAGCUGUGAGGAAGGCCCAGGCUGAUGUCAUGCUGUUCUUAGAAGAGAAGGAACAGGCUGCAUUGAAUCAGGUCAACGGCAUCAAGACCCACCUGGAGUACAGGAGCAUCGAGAUGGAGAAAAGCAAGCAGGAGCUGGAGAGGCUGGCCGCCAUCAGCAACACUGUGCUCUUCCUGGAGGAGUACUGCAAGUUUAAGAAGACUGAAGAGGCUGCCUCCCCCAGCAUUUACAUAGGGCUGAAGGAUAAACUCUCAGGCAUCCGCAAGGUCAUCACAGACUCAACUCUGCACUUAAUCCAGCUGCUGGAGAGCUAUAAGGAGAAGCUCCAGGAGUCUGCCAGGGAAGAGGAAUAUGACAUCAAAACUCAAGUGUCUGCCAUUGUCCAGUGCAAGUAUAGGACCUCAAAACCUGAGCCCAGAACCCGGGAUGAGUUUCUCCAAUAUGCAUGCGACAUCACAUUUGACCCAGACACAGCGCACAGGUACCUUCGCCUGCAGGAGGACAACCGCAAGGUCACCAACACCACGCCCUGGGAGCACCCCUACCCGGACCUCCCCAGCAGGUUCUUGCAUUGGCGGCAGGUGCUGUCCCAGCAGAGCCUGUACCUGCACAGGUAUUACUUUGAGGUGGAGAUCUCUGGAGGCGGCACCUACGUGGGCUUGACUUGCAAAGGCAUUGACCGUAAAGGGGAGGAGCGAAACAGCUGCAUUUCCGGAAACAACUUCUCCUGGAGCGUUCACUGGAACGGCAAGGAGUUCACAGCCUGGCACAGCGACACAGAGACCCCACUCAAGGCUGGCCCUUUCCGGAGGCUCGGGAUCUACGUCAGCUUCGCAGGAGGAACCCUUUCCUUCUACGGCGUGGAGUAUGAUACCAUGACUCUGAUCCACAAGUUUGACUGCAAGUUCUCAGAGCCAGUCUACGCUGCCUUCUGGCUGUCUAAGAAGGAAAACGCCAUCCGGAUUGUGGAUCUGGGAGAGGAGCUCGAGAAGCCUGCUCAGUCCUCAGUGGAGGCUGCUCCCUAGAUUCUAGGAUCCGCCUCCCAGACUUUGCUAACCUCGACGACUGGCCGCAGCUGGUGUUUUAAGGUGGUAGCUGGCUCUGGGAACUGUGUGGGUCCUGAAGGAACGAACUUAACUGCCUGCUUCUCAUUACAGUUCAUGUACAAAUGCAGAAAGUCUGAGGCACUAAAGCCUCCCCUGAAAUCUUCUAGUGAUGGGUCUGCUCAGGUCGUUGUCACCCUUUACCCAGAAUUUAUGACCAGGGCUCUUCAAAGCAUAACAAGACUGCACAGGAAUCAUAAUAAAUCACAAACACAUCGUUGUGCAUUUCUUACGGA